UUUACAUAGAUACUCCACAACCUUGGAAAUGAAACAUCAGACAGGUGCAAGGCACAAGCAGAGGUAGAGAAUGAGGUGCGUGAAUUGAGAGACACCCUGAUGAUGCAUUGGAGCGUUUAAAGGCGAUGGAGAAGAAAGUGGGGGAGAAAGGACGCGUGGCUCCAAACAAACCCAAUUAUCAAGGACAGUCAUUGGAAACGACAAGGGAGUUGUCAUCGCGUCAAGUGGAAAUGGGUGGGAGCACAAAAGGAGAGGGAGGAAAGAGAAAGAGGGACCAGGUGGAGAAGAAGGGGGAGGAGGUGGGGAAGAAGGGGGAGGACGUGGGGAAGAAGGGGGAGGUGGUGGGGAAGAUGGGGGAGGUGGCGGGCACAAAGGGGAGACAAGCUUUUCAUAAUGAGCCUCGCGAGGAUAGAGGGAUGGUUGGUAUGAAGGGACUGCUGGACAAACAAAAAAAAGAGUUGGAACAACAAAAAAUUGACAUGGUUGAAAUGGGAAAGGAGAUGGCAUUGAUAAAGGUUCAGUUGGAGGAAAUUGCAAACAAUGAUAAAGGGAAAGAGAAGAUAGGCGAGCCACAGAGGAAGCAAAAAGAGGACAUAUGGCAACAAGUGGCUGAAAUGGAAAAGGAAAUGACAUUGUUUAAAGCUCGCUUGGAGGACAUUGAAAAAAGAGAUGGAAAGAGAAAGAUGGAGGAGGCAUGCUGGGAGCAAAGACAGGAGCCACAACAUCGGGAGGUGGUAGGCCAGACAAUAGGGAUGGGGUCGAGUCAACUUCAAGGAGAGCCGCAGGAGGAGCUGGGGAAGAGUGAGCCACAUCAGCUAGAGGGGCAGAUGCAGUGUGGCGUGCAACAGGUGGCAAAAAAAUGCCACUAUUGCAAAGCAGACGGCCAUCUGCCAUGCAUUGUGUUCACUACGAUUUUGAUCACAGUCACGGUUUCGUGCGAUAUGAACACAGAGAAGGGGGGUGUGGUUGGGGAGGGAGUACAAAAUGAAGGAAGGGCAAAAGAAACAACGACGGGAUCGAGAGGAGGAGGGGGAAAGAGAAAGAGGGUGGAGGUGGAGAAGAGGAGGGAGGGGGUGAAGAAAAAGGGGGAGCAGGUGAAGAAGGUGCAUGAGGUGGAAAAUAAUACGGAGGAGGUGAAAAAGAAGCUUGAUGAGGUCUAUAAGGAGGAGGAGGUGAAGAAAAAGGGUGAGGAGGUGAAGAAUAAAGGGGAGGAGUUGAAGAAGGUUAGUGAGGUGAAGAAGAAUGGGAAAGAGGUGGAGAAGAAAAGGGACGAGGUGGAGAAGAUGGGGAGGGAAACUUUUGAUGUCCAACCCCCUGAGGACAGGGAAAUUGUUGCGCUGAAAAAUCUGGUGGAUAAGUCGGAGGAGGAGAGGAGGGAACGACGAUCAGGGAAGAGGAGGAUCAUCCCAGGUGGGCAUGAGUGGAGGGGGGAAGGUCAAUUAAGUGAGAAAGAUGAAGAGGUGGACAUUGAUGAAGAGGGUGGGAUGAAAGUCGUAGGGACAAGUGAGAGGACAAGAGGGGGGAGGGUACUGAACAACCGAGAGGCAAUUGAGGUGUGUAGUGGAGAGGCGAGGUUAGAGGACAUCAACGAAGAUAUUGAGGAAAUGAGAAACGACAUGCAGCAACCGGAUGAGGACGUGAGAGGGGCAAGACCGGAGCAAUAUGAGGAGGCUGUUAAAGAGAGCGGUGGACAAAGAAGUGGGAGGAGGGGAAGACGAAGACUAUUGCACGAAGAAAGGAAUGAAGAUAGCGAAGAACUAAGAAAUGUGGCAGAGGAACGGAAUGAAACAGAGAGCGAGGGAAGAGCACCACAUGGAGACGUUGCUGAGGAGAGCAUGAGAGAUGUGAGGGGCGGUGAGGGAGGAAGGGGAACGAGGGGGAGGGGAAGGACAAGGCAAUUAAAUGAAGAGGGGGUCGAAGUCGGUGAUGGAGAGGAUAGCGUUGAUGAAGGCGAAGAAGAGGAGAACGAGGAUGGCAUAAAGGAUAUGGAACCGGAAGAUUUGACUGACUUGAUGCCGGAUUGGACGGUCUUGAGAGGCAACCUCUGCAGCGGGUCGUGUGCAGGUUCCUUGGAAGGGGACGCUGAAGAGGGUGACAGCCCCGUCGACCGCCGGACCCUGCUGCGCAACGAGGUGUUGUCCAAGAGUCGGGUUGCUUGGGAAUGCAGCCCCUAUUGGGUGUCGAGGACCUUGAGCACGCGCCUCUUUCGGCGGGCCCGUUCGGGUUCCUGCGUGUUCGGGAUGCUGGCGAAAUUCCUCUAUCCUGCCCGUCUUGAAACACGGACCGAGGAGUUCAACGUGCAUGUGAGCCGGUGGGUGAUUAGCCCACGAGGCGGAAGAAACCUGAGUGGCUGGAACCCUCUGCGGGUGCAGCGUCCACCAACCACGAUCUGUUGUGAGAGGUUUGAGUGUGAGCAUGCCCGUUGGGACCCGAAAGAUGGUGAACUAUGCGUGAGCAGGGCGAGGCCAGAGGAAACUCUGGUGGAGGCUCGCAGCGAUACUGACGUGCAAAUCGUUCGUCGGACUUGGGUAUAGGGGCGAAAGACUAAUCGAACCGUCUAGUACCUGGUUCCCUCCGAAGUUUCCCUCAUGAUAGCUGGAGCUUUGAACAAUUUUAUCAGGUAAAGCGAAUGAUUAGAGGCCUCGACGGUGAAACACCCUCGACCUAUUCUCAAACUUUAAAUAGGUAAGAUUUCAGGGUUGCUUAAGCGAACCCCUAGGAUCAAUGAAAGCUCCAAGUGGGCCAUUUUUGGUAAGCAGAAUUGGCGAUGCGGGAUGAACCGAAAGUCGAGCUACGGUGCCAAACUGCGCGCUAACCCAGACACCACAAAGGGUGUUGAUUGAUACAGACAGCAGGACGGUGGUCAUGGAAGUCGAAAUCUGCUAAGGAGUGUGUAACGACUCAGCUGUCGAAUCAAUCAGCCCCGAAAAU